AUGCAAUCGCUAUCGUUAAGUAUGAAUCUGAGGAGUAGUAGUUCAGCGAAUUUUCUGUUGCUGGGUUCGGAGGCGAGAGUGAGAAGAAGAAGUGUUAUCGUAGCGUGUGCUUCGGAGGGAGACAGUGGUAGUAGCACCAGCUCCUUUCUCUCUCGGACCCAAACUUACGCUCUUCUUAAGCAACAGUUGCAAGUAGCUGCUAAAUCUGAGGAUUACAAGGAAGCAGCUAGAAUUCGAGAUUCGUUGAAGUUGUUCGAGGACGAGGAGCCUGUGUUGCGUCUAAGGAGACUAUUGAAGGAAGCAAUUGCUGAAGAGAGAUUCCAGGAUGCUGCUAGUUAUCGUGAUGAACUAAACAAAAUUGCCCCACACUCUCUUUUAAAAUGUUGCAGUGAUGCUACAACAUUGGGAAUCAGGGUUCAAGUUAGGAGUGUAUAUAUUGAGGGCAGAAGUCAGCCUUCAAAGGGGUUAUACUUCUUUGCAUAUAGAAUAAGAAUUACUAAUAACUCAGACCACCCUGUUCAACUUCUUAGAAGGCAUUGGAUAAUAACUGAUGCUAAUGGGAAAACGGAAAAUGUUUGGGGAAUUGGAGUUGUUGGUGAACAGCCGUUGAUUCUUCCUGGGAAUAGUUUUGAAUACUCUUCAGCAUGCCCACUGAGCACACCAAAUGGUAGAAUGGAAGGUGACUAUGAAAUGAUCCAUGUUGAAAGAGUAGGCUCACGAUCAUUCAAUGUGGCCAUUGCCCCGUUUUCUCUCUCUCUUAUUGGAGAUGAUGAUGGUUGCUCUCCAAAGGGCACGUGGCAACCCAUCAUGACUGCCGAUACAACCACACGAAGUUACUGGUUGAAUUGGAGGGUCUUGGUUUGUGUCAUUUGGGUUCUGCUUUCAGCUAUCUUUUCUUCAUUGAUCAUAUUGAAGUAUGAAGUUUCACGGAAGAAAACAAGAAAUGAUGACAAGGAAGAUCAGAAAGAAACAUCGUCGACUUUGUUUGAGGAUGAAAUUUGGAGGCCUUGUUUGAAAGGAAUCCACCCUGUCUGGUUACUGGGGUUUAGAGUUUUUGCAUUUGUUGUGCUUAUGGUGCUUCUCAUACUCACUGCUACUGCGGACGGAGGAUGCAUUUUCUACUUUUACACUCAAGAUUUUGGUAGCAGUGCAAUCAUUCCUCUUCUUAUGGAAUUGACGAGGCUUAUAAAAUUCCCUUUAUAUCAUCGGAUUCUGCGUGACUAA